AUGGUGCCUAGCAACAGCGGGGCGGGACCUGAGGGCGUCCUGGAAAUGGUGCCUAGCAACGAAGAAGCAGAGUCCGGCACCUCAGGGUCCUCGGAAGGGGGCGGCAAGGAAGCCGCUCUCGAGAAUGUUCUGGAGCAGUAUGAGGUCCUCUUCCAGACUGCCGUACAGAAGCCAUGGGUGAUCCCGGUUCCCAAGGGGAACCUGCAACGCAUCUUCGGGACCAGCCAGGUGUUCCACGUCUACGACGCCCCAAAGUCAAAGGUCACAGGCCUAACAGUGCCCCUCAAACUCCGCGAGUACUUCUACCGAGGCCAGAGGUGCCUGGAACAGGAGGACUGGGAGUUGGGUGUGCUCUUCUGCUCCAGGGCCCUCCACCUGGACUCAGAGCUGCUCUGCGACUUCUCGUCGGCGGUCCAAAACCUACGGAGGGCUUACUCCGACCAGCCUGAAAACACCCUCUACCUGGAGCGACUGGCGUUUGUGCUCUACCUGCAGGGCCAGUGCCUCUAUGAGCAGUGCGAAUUCCAGGAUGCCCUAAGCAUCUUCUUACAAGCCUCAGACCUCCAGCCUGAGAAAUCCUGCUUCCGCUACCGCUGCAUGGCCUGUCUCCUGGCCCUCAAACGCCAUCAUGACUGCCUGGUCCUCGCCACCAAGGAGGUGCAACAGGGCACAAGCAACCCUGAUGUCUUUGUCCUCCGCGCCAGGCUCUACAACUCUUUCCAGAAGCCCAGCCUGUGCUACCAGGACCUGCACAGUGCCCUGCUGCUGAACCCAAAGCACCUGCAAGCCAGGCAGCUGCUGCAGAAGAUGGUGGAGCAGGCCCAGCAGGCCCGCUACGAUGCUGGGAUCCUGGCGGUGCAGGGCAAACUGCAGCAUGCGCUGCUGUGCAUAAGCUGCGCCAUCGAGAACAACCCCCUGGACCCCAGCUUCUUCCUCUUCCGGGGCACCAUGUACCGCCGGCUUGGGCAGUUUGACGCAGCCAUGGAGGACUUACUGAAGGCACUGGACAUGGUGACCAGCAGCCAGGAGGACAUAGUACAGCAGGUGCAGCGCCAGCUGCUGCUCACCUACAACGACUUCGCGGUGUGCUGCUAUAUGCAGGGCGCCUACCAGGAGGGUGUGCUGCUGCUCAACAAGGCCCUCAAGGAGGAGCAGCGGGAGAAGGGCCUGUACCUCAACCGUGGUGAUUGUUUCUUCCAGCUGGGCAACCUGACUUUCGCCGAGGCUGACUACCAGCAGGCGCUGGCGCUGAACCCGGAAGACGAGGGUGCCAACAUGCGCAUGGGCCUGCUGCAGGAGAGACUGGGCUUCUGUGAGCAGCGGCGCAGGCAGUUCCAGAAGGCAGAGGACCACUUCUCAGCCGCCAUCCAGCACAACCCACAGGAGCCCCAGUACUACCUGUACCGGGCUAAGAGCCGCCGGCUGCUGCAGGAUGUCUUCGGGGCCCGCCAGGACCUUGCCACUGUCCUGCUCCUCAAUCCCAACCAGCCGAAGCUGAUCACACUGAUGACCAACCUCUUCCCGGGCAUGUCGGCAGAGGACAUUGUGCGCAGCCAGGUGGGCCAGCUGGCCAAGAUACAGCUGGAGCGCAUGCUAGAGAGCGGGCAGCAGCCCAGCAGCCUGGAGGGAGUCGUGGGGCCCCUCAGAGUGCGGGCACUGGAGCGCCUGAGGGCCCAGGCCUUGAGCCUGUCCUGGAAGCUGGACGAGCCUUUGGUGGAGAUCUCUGAGGGGCUCAGGGCUAGCCCCCAGGACCUGGACAUGGAGCUUAAAGGCACAGAAGAGGCCAAGGCCACAGAAACGGAAGAGAAAGCCGAGGAGGACAAGGUGGAGCCCGGAUACCUCAAGGUGCCAUCGCUGACUGACAGCUACGUCGAGCAGACCUCCUCGGCCUCCUUCCUGGACUUCACUGUGCCCACCUCCGAGACGGAGACAUCCUUCCUCGGCCAGGAGUACCAGAGCACUUCCACUGCUGCUGUGACGUCAUCUGAGUCCUCAGUGCUGAGGACCGAGUCCUCGCAGUCCCACCAGGAUGGGAAGGACCAUGGCCUAAGCCACACCCCCAGGAAAACCAAGGCCACCCAGGGCCCAACCCCGAAGGCCAGUAAAACCAAGGUCACCCAGGGCCCAACACAUAAGGCCAGCAGGCCCAAGGUCACCCAGGACCCAACACAGAAGGCCAGCAGGACCAAAGUCACCCAGCGGCCAACACAGAAGGUCAGCAGGCCCAAGGUCACCCAGGGCCCAACACGGAAAGCCAGCAAGACCAAAGUCACCCAGGGCCCAACACAGAAGGCCAGCAGGAUGGAGGCCACCCAGGGCCCAACACAGAAAACCAGCAAGACCAAGGUCACCCAGGGCCCAACACAGAAGGUCAGCAGGAUGGAGGCUACCCGAGGCCCAAAGCGGAGGUUCAGGAAGGCCAAGACAGCCCAUGGCUGGAGCACCAUGGGUGCCAAGGGCCAGAGCCUCGGGCUGCUCCGGAGCUCCUGCAGGACAGAGUCUUUCUAUGGCCCCGACUGGAUCCAGGUCACUGAGGGCCUGAGCUGGGGUCAGAGUGCGAGCUCAGGUUCCAGCCAGACUAAGGGUGCCCACAGCUCAAGCCCGAGCCCACAGCCUGAGCCAAUGUCCGCAGCCCAAGCUGGCGCCCAUAGCCCAAGCCGGAGCCCGCAACCUGCGGAAGCUGACCAGGAGCCCGCCUCAUUGUAG